GUACAGGAAUUGUGUAUCACGCGGAUUUAUCAUGGAUACUGUCGAACGAUUGAGGCAGGGGGGACAUGUCGAUGAGUGUUUUACUUAUCUUGCGCAUCGAUUCAACAAUAGGAUAAAACCAUGAAGCUGUAAAGCAAGGUCUUGACAAUUUUGAUUGAUUGUAGCAGCAACAACAGCAGAAAGGGUAUGAAACUUGUUUUAUGGGGAAGCACUUACCGUUUCAUUUGUUACGCUGUUCCAUAUGCAGUUGAUGCAGUUUGAUUUUCACAGAGGCUAUAAUGGCUGACAAGACCAGACCCAGAAUGAGAAAACUGUCUAUAUACCUUUAUAUUCCCAAUAUUAUUGGGUACAUAAGAGUUCUCAUGAACUGUAUUGCCUUUGCCUAUUGCUUUUCCAACAAGAGGCUUUUUUCCGUUCUCUAUAUCAUGAGCUUUGCCUGUGAUGGCUUGGAUGGUUGGUUCGCCCGCAAAUUCAACCAAGUUUCAACAUUCGGAGCUGUUUUGGACAUGAUUACAGACAGAACAAGCACUGCUUGUCUACUAGUUAUCCUUUCCCAAGUAUACAGGCCAGGUUUAGUGUUCUUGUCAUUACUUGCCUUAGAUAUUGCCAGCCAUUGGCUGCAAAUGUACAGUACUUUCUUGUUAGGCAAGGCUAGUCAUAAACAUGUAAAAGACAGCACUAGUUGGCUUUUUAAGUUCUACUAUGGAAACCGGAUGUUUAUGGCUUAUUGCUGUGCUGCAUGCGAGGUCCUUUAUAUAAUUUUAUUCCUUCUUGCAGAAAAUCAAACUGAAAACUUGAUAGAUGUUCUAGUGAAUGGUAUGAAACAGAGCUUACCUCUUUCAUUUCUAAUUGCUCUUGUUCUGUUUGGAUGGGCGAUCAAGCAAACAGUUAAUGUUAUACAGAUGAAGACUGCGGCAGAUGCUUGCGUGCUUUAUGACAUCGAAAAAAGUCAAAAGCCAUGAUUCUCAUGAUCUGUUCGGAGGAUCGGGGCAGCAUCCUGCCAGUCAGAGCAUCAGUGGCCUCAUUUUCUCACUCAAGUUUUACAUCAAAGCGAGGCAGCAUUGUUCUACUCAGAUCAUCGGUUCCUUGUUUUCACUCAAUUUCAAUGCCAAGCAAAUGAAUAAGCACUAUAUUCAAUAGUAAAAAAAAAUAGCGACCCUCAGAUGAUAUGUCUCUUUCAUCUUUUUUAAUGUUUUGUUGAUGAAUCCAAAGUCAGAUAUCACAAAAUUUGCACCAUGACAAUGCUGAGAAUUUUGAAAAUUAUUAGAACUUCCACUUGUGCCUUAUGCAAUUUGCAUAUAGAAAAAAUGUGAACAUUAUUUGGUUCAA